CGGCUGCUACCACCGACGACGAAGCGGCGAACGUGGCCGGGGGCUUACGCAUCCGUGCACGGGGAGCGAUAGAUCGGUACCGCACCAAACUCCGUUUUCUCAGUGUCACUUUGACCGCACGUCCGAAACCGCAUCGCCUCGUUCGACGUCCGAAACCGAGCGCGAAUAUAGCGACCUAGCUACACGUCGGAUGACAGCCCGCGUCACAGAUUCGCGGCGAGACGACAUUCGGACGCGAUUUAAAGAAGAGACUCCUCGCGAGAAAUAGAGAUGAUUCAUAAUCGGACAUAACAAGACAGACGUCAAGUUUUGUUCCGCGAGACGAGAUCCGAGUGAAAAUCAAGACUUCAUCAUCGAGAAAUGAAAUAAUCUAUAUAAAUAAUAUGAUAAAAUCGUCGAGUCAGCAAUAAAUUUUAUUCCGUUUAGACGAUAUUCGCGUGAGUGGAAGUUGAGAUUUCUUCAUAUUUGAGAACUAUAGUAAAUUAUAAUAACAAAUAUAAAAAAAAAAUAACAAUUGGAGGAUAAUUUCUGUUUCUUUGAUAAAAAGAUUUUUCUUAUCGAGAAAUAUAACGAGAUAUGGUAAAAUAAUUAAGUAAUAAAAUAAACUGAAAUAAUAAUCAACAAGUUUAAAUUGAAAAGUUGAGGUGAGCGUUUAGUGAAAUUAGUACGAGUUGUGAGACAAAUUAAAGAAAUCGGUGAUAAUAUCGCGCAACAUGCUUGGUGGAUACGAGGCGCAGACAGAAUAUUAUCCGCAGUGGCAUCAACCAUAUAAUUAUGUUACUCAGCUUCCCUAUGGGCCCCUUGGCUCAGCUCCCGACGCCGAUAGUCAAUCAACGUACUGGGGAGGCGCGGAUUCUGGUAUCUCAGGGGGCAGCUCGGGGGCCGGCAGCCCUACCGCGUCGACACCACCCCUUAUCGAAGAGAUCGGCGUCCAGGAACCGAAUUAUUCGCCCUUACAGCAAUACGUGCAUCCUUCGGCCGGUCAGCAUUACACUACCCUACCGUACUCUCAGGUACAACAGGAAACAUCGCCCCACCAUCAUCAUCACUUACAUCAUCAUCAUCAUCAUCAAUCCAGUCACCGACGCGAGCACGAAUUUGCGAACGCUCAGAUCAGCCAGCAGGCCGUUGGUGGUCCGCUUCAACAGCAUCUUCAUCAGAGUCGCGAGGGUGGUGUGGCAGUGAGGCCAAAAAGACGAAACACAGCAAAUAAGAAAGAAAGAAGACGUACUCAGAGCAUAAAUAAUGCUUUUUCCGAUCUGAGAGAAUGCAUUCCUAACGUUCCCUCGGACACAAAAUUAUCAAAAAUUAAGACUUUGAGACUAGCUGCGUCUUAUAUUGGAUACCUCAUGGCGGUUUUGGAAAGCGACGAAGGAGAAGAACCACAGAUUUUCCGCGCGGAAAUUCUUUCAAAUGGCAGAAGAAAUAAAGCGACUCAACCUAAUCAAAAUGAGUCGUGUUUGCAAUCUGCUUCGAAUCUCGGCCACGAAGAACCGACAAAGAGCAAAGGACGAACGGGUUGGCCGCAGCACAUGUGGGCUCUCGAAUUGAAGCAAGAAUCAUCGACCAACCAGAUGCAAUAAAAUAUACCGAAGACACCACUGUCAAAACAUAUCCACGAUAUUUCACAAAAUAUCGUUCGAAACGAUCGUUCCUUUUUAGCCUGACAUUAUUUUUUUACCGUCGAAAAAAGGGUGGCCCGCAAUUUAGCAACUAAUAUAUCUAAUGCGUCUUUCAAAUAUUUUCAAUUCGUGGAACAAAUUUGCGGCGAGAAAUUUGAUAAUUACUGGGCGAUAAUAUGUAUUGUUGAUAAAAUAAUGUUUUACAAAACAAUUCCAAAUCUCCAGAAAAAUGCGGUCAAGCAAAAAAUAUAAUUAUUCGGUAAGAAGAAUAGUAUUGUUUGUAUAUAGUAUGCAUUUGUAAUUAUUGUGUAUGUACAGGGUUUUGUUCCUCCUAUAGCAAUCGAUGUUGAAACUUUUAGCCAAAGAACAUUAUUUUACCGAUGAAUCUAUUAUUUUCAUAAGUUGAUAACGAUGCGAUUAAGUUGUAAUUAUGAUUUUGAGUUGAAUUCGUGUGGAUUGAAUUAUUAAUUAGAAUUAAGAAUCUUUGUAAAGUUUUGUAUAAAGUAUCGUUACAGAAAUGUAUAAAAUGUCACUAGCAAUAAACAAUGUACUAUAAUAAAA